AUGCUGGCGGGACUAUCAGCGGAUGCGGAUACCGUGAUCCGCCAGCCGGCCCUCUCCCGCGACCACACCGAACGAAUGGUAUCUUCCAUGGGCGCCACGGUUGAGGAGGAUGGUCUGGACCUAUACGUCAAACCGGGAUACCUGCAGGCCGUGGACAUCGCGGUACCAGGCGACAUCAGCUCGGCGGCGUUCUGGAUCGUCGCGGGACUUUGCCAUCCCGACUCGCGGGUGGUCGUCCAGGGAGUUGGUCUGAACCCCAGCCGAACGGGCAUCAUCGACGCGUUGCAGGCCAUGGGGGCAGGUGACAACCUGCAACUGCUGAACGAACGCACCGAGGGGGGCGAGCCAGUGGCAGACCUGCUGGUCACUCCGGCGGACCUGCGAGGCACGGAAAUUGGGGGAGACAUGAUUCCCCGCAUCCUCGACGAGAUUCCGAUCCUGGCUGUGGCCGCCUGCUUCGCCAGCGGGGAAACGGUCAUACGGGACGCAGCCGAAUUGCGUGUCAAGGAAUCGGACCGCAUCGCCACGACCGUAGAGGAGUUAUCCCGGUUGGGGGCAGACAUAGAGGCGCGGGAGGACGGGAUGGUAAUACGUGGCACCGGCGGGCUCACGGGUGCGGUCUGCCAUUCCCACGGCGACCACCGGCUGGCCAUGGCAAUGGCCGUUUGCGGCCUGGUGGCCGACGGAGAAAUCGAAGUGCAUGGCGCUUCCGACGCUUCCGUGUCCUACCCCAGUUUCUGGGAGGACAUUCAAACGCUCGCGCCGAAACACGUCAGGGAAUAG